AUGCCGCGGUCGCACAAGAUGUCACCCACAGAAGAAAUGCGUGGGGCUUGCGAUGGCAAAGUCUCCGAGUGGGGUGGGGUUGAAAUGGAACAAAACUGCAUGUUUAGUCUUGCCGAUUACGACUACCCCGACAGACAUCUGUUGCGCUCCUUCUGCACCGCCCCUGCCAUCCCAUGGAGCGCCUUCAACCCCAUUCGAGGGAAUAUCGCAUUGCCCAACGAAAUUUCUGCAAAGGGCAUUACGGAAAGCCUUGCAAAGCUAUCCGGUAGCAACUGCAAUCGGAGCAGCGGUGCCGGUGGCAACAACAACAACACGAAUGCGGCGGGAGCCCAAAACAGCAUCGCGGAGCCUGUGAAGUCCAUUGCUAAGUUUUUCGAGGAGCUCUGCCCGGAACUUUGUGGAAAGAAGAAAGACUCGAUGAACCGGGGGGCCACCUAUCUAUUGUUGGCUGUCGUUACCGGAAGUGUGGAAAUUGCACGGCGCUGCCUGGAGCUUGGGGCAGACCCGAAUAAUAUGAGUUUUCUUGGCGACCCCGAUGUCGCUGUAAAUCAGAUGCAGCAUGGCUACAGUCCAAUGUUCAUCGCCGUCAUCGCAGGAAGACUAGAUGUCAUUUCACUUUUGCGUGAAUUUGGAGGCAGUAUUAACGUGUAUGAUCGCUGGGGUCGUACCCCGUUGCAUGCCGCCCUGGCGAUAGGAAAUGCGGAGGUGGUAGAAUGGCUGUUGUCGGAAGGUGUUUCUCGUUGCAUUGGAAGCUGCGUCACAAUGCUGCCUGAGAACACCACGUACCCCGGACUGGCACCGCCCAUUCCUGCCCUUCAAAACCGCCCCAAGCCAUGCAGCAACCCUGCGGAGGCGGACUUGUGUCACUGCCGCCUGAAGGGACCAAAGGGAUAUUGUGGUUGUGUGGAUGACAUGUUCCUUCGCUGGUCGUAUGAUCGCCUGCAGGCAAGUUGGCUCUCCGGAAUGGACCUGAGCGCACUGUCGGCAAAAUAUGCGUCAGGCACCCGGCCUCCAUCGUGUGCGCGGUAG